ACAAUGGCAUCUAAGGAGGUGAUAGGGGAGUGCGAAGACCCAAGUGUGGAGGUUCGGGUCAUAGGGGAACCUAUUGGAAAAGGCUUGUUUGCCCUCAAGAACUUCAAAGCCGGCGAGGUUAUAUUCGAAGAGCGGCCGCUGGUGUCGUGUCAGUUUCUGUGGAAUGCCGCGUACGGAUAUUUAGCUUGUGAUUAUUGUAUGAGACCUCUUGAAACUGCUGAGGAGAAUGCCUGCCGUUUAGCUCAGAAUCCCCACUUGUCACUGCCGUACCCUGAAUGUUGUGACACAAAGAAAGACUCCCUUAUUGAGUGCCCUCAAUGCGAUGCGUCUUACUGUAGCCGAGAAUGUAGAGCCAGCGCUUGGAACCAAUAUCACGAAACAUUAUGUCUCCAGUCAUUCACGCCAGAUCCAUCACAUCCACUUGUAAUGCUACAGGAAGCUUGGAAGCAGAUGCAUUACCCUCCAGAAACAGCCUGCAUUAUGCUCCUGGCUCGUAUCAUUGCCACUGUGCUUCAGGCGGCAGACAAAGAAGGGGCAACUGCUCUGUUUAUGCAGUUCUGUCACCGGACCGUGAACGAGGAAGAAGAAAUUGCCCAUAAGCUGUUAGGAGCAGAAUUCCAUGACCAGUUAGAGGCUCUGCGGGACUUGAUGGAGAAAGCCCUAGGUGCUCCUGAAGUGCGUCAUUGGCUUACACCCGAGGGUUUUAGAUCACUGGUGGCUUUGGUAGGCACAAACGGCCAGGGCAUUGGGACAAGUCCCCUGAGUCGCUGGGUGAGAAACUGUGAUGCUUUAGAAAUAUCUGCGGAAGAAAGAGAGAAGCUCGAUCAACUUAUUGACAAUAUAUAUGAUCAGCUGGAUAAGGAGGCUGGAGGUUUCCUCAACAACGAAGGCUCCGGCCUCUACCCACUGCAGAGCGCUUGCAAUCAUAGCUGUGAUCCCAACGCAAUGCCAACGUUUCCAUACAACAACUUCCAUUUAGUAAUGACUGCAGUAAAAGACAUUGCUGCCGGGGAGGAAAUCUGUGUCAGCUACCUGGAUGAGUGCAACUUGAGCAGGAGUCGGCACUCUCGGAUCAACAUACUUAGAGAAAACUACCUGUUCACCUGCCGUUGCACCAAGUGUAAUGAACAGUCGGGAGAUCCAGAUGUAACGAGUGAUGAAGACAUGGAAGAUGAGGAGGAGGAGGAGGAUCAGUAAAAGGGAUUAGGAAGAGGGUCAGUGAGGAUUUUAUCAGGAGACUCGGAUGAAUUUUGUAAUGGUCAAAACUGAUAGAAAUGAAGUGUGAGUUUUGAUUGUGCGUAAAAGGGUUUUGCAUUGUUUGAAGUUGCUCGCUGUAUUUGCAGAAGUGAGGACCAAUUAGGGUCUUGUUGGGAUUGGAUAAUUUUUGUUCAUUAUAUUCAAUUUUAGUUGAGUAAAGAUUACUUAUUUCAUCUUUUUAACAAAUACAUACUGUUGUUAUUCAGCUAUACAAGAGGUAUUUUGAAAAAGAUUAUAUAGAUUUAUAUAUAUAUUUUUUCUUUCUUUCUUUUUUUUUUGAAAAAUAUCAACAGAUAAUUUCUUUAACCAGAUAUAUAUACAUAAACGCAAAUAAGUGUCUGCUUUCCUUUCAUAUAUUUGUCAUUUAUCUGUCUAUCUAUCUAUCUAUAUGUUUGUAUGUAGAAUGUAUAUAUGUAUGUAUGUAUGUAUGUAUGUAUGUAUGUACACAUAUAUUCACAUUCAUGCAUAUACAAAAUGCAAACAUAAUAGUGUGUGUCCUAAAAUGAACUAUAACAGCCACAAUAAGAAAGGAGGUCUAAAUUGUGACAUUUCAGGCCAGGCUAGAGUCAGACUCCCUGGUAGAAGGUGAAAUAGGAAAGGAUCUCUUUUUUGGUUUAACAUUUACUAAGGACUUAACUUUCCAAAAAAAUAGAAGGAGUGCUAGUGUCGUCAUUUUACAUUUUGUUUGUAGUUGUGUCUUACUACAUGAUACUCCCACCUCAUUCUUUUUAUUGAUUAUAUGAUCAAGUGUGAUUAUGAUCAUAUUGCACAAGCACAUGUACACAUACAUUUACAUGCAUACAUACACACAUGUACACACAUUUUGAUUGCAGAGCUAUUUGCUAAAAUGUUGGAAAAUUAAGAAAGAAAGAAAGAAGAGAAAUACAACCAGCACUAUAUUUUUUGUGGUAACAAAAUUUGAUAGCUACAUUAAUGAUUGAUUUAGAAACAACUCAAAACAUGUCUUCUGUUAUAUGACUUUUUUUAUCAUCUACGCUUUUAAAGAUGUAGUGAAGCUUUAUUUUCCAUGUGAAUUACAAUCCUUCCCCCAUCAUGAGUAUCUGCUAUUUGAAUUACCAAAGAAUGGAAGAUAUUUGGUGUUAAGUUUCAUGUUGAUGGAGGUUGAAAAAAUAUAAAAAUGAAAAAGUACUGAAAACUAUAGCUUUACAGUAAUUUUGUGAAAGAAAGGAAAAAGAAGAUAAGGUAAUUUUCAUGUAUAAAAACUAGUAAUUUGGUAUGAUAACAAAUACAAACCUGUGCUUGUCUUUCUUCAUGAACAUAUCAUUUAUUUGAACCCUUCCGAGAUGAGCUAGAUGUGACUGAGAUUUUGAGUGGCCAUGACAGGUGGAUCUCCUUGAUGGUGACAAGGAAUAUAUAAUUUCUGUUUCAUUGUUUAUUUCAGAAUUUAUCCAGCGUGUGAAUUUGUUUUGGUAGAAUUAUCAGUAGUUGUCUGUUGUUGUUUUUGUUAAAAAAUUGAUGGUUAUAUAAAUCUGCUCUGGAAGGGUAUUUAAGGUUGUGCAGUCGGAUAAGGUCAGGUUGACAAUGCUGCUAUGGUCCAUCUUGCCAAAGCGGUAAGGAAGAAAGUUUUUCGCAAUAGAUUUUCAUAUAUGUAGCAGAAAUCAUACCAUCUACAUCUGUAGUUGUACUCUACAACAUUGGCCAUGUUAUAAUUUGGUGAGUAUUUUGUUUUUAUAAAGGAAUAAAAUUUGUUGGUCAUUCAUAUCACUGGGGGUCAACAUCCACAGCAAGGAGAGUGUUAAACAUACCUGAAAAUUGCAAAGUGUUAAUUGAUAAGACUAAUGUUACCAAGAUUUGUGUUAAUUGAUGAAAUCCAUCAGAGAAGAAAUUAUGAUAUUACUAUUUGUUGCUCUGGUUAUUACCCAGUCGUCCUUGAUGGUAAAAAUACAUGCUGUGAUCUCUGGAAUUUUAGUUUAUUAAUUGCAUUGACAUACAUAAGGUUCCACAAGUGCUUAGUCAGCAACCUGUGUACUAUUUUCUGUGAUUUUUGUAUUAUUUAAUUAUCUUUAUUGUUAUUAAUAUUUCAUUAACGUGAUAAUCAUUAUGGCAUUUAUAUUGAUCACAGUAUUGAUAUUGAUAAUAUCAAAACGAAAUUGUAUAUCUUCAAGGAAUGGGGAAAUCAGACUCAAUCAUUACGGCUUACUAUUUGACUCCUUGUUUGGUGGAACUAUCGGUGUGCAAGAAAAACAACACACAUAAAACAAAAAAACAAGAAAAAGCAGUGGACAGCACAUGAAUUAGAGUGAAUGGGCUGAUUUAUUAUUGUUAUGUAUUUGCAUGUCUUUAGAAAGAUUUGAUAGAUUUAUUCUUAUUUGUUGGUUUUAGUCACGGUUAAUUUCUACCACUUUUUUUGAAUGUUGAUUUUUAUGAUUUAUGAUGUCUUUAUUUAUUUAGACAUUUUAUCAGGCUUUAUAGUGGCAUUUAAAAAAAAAUGAAUUGUUGCUUUAGUACAGCAUGAAAAUAUAACAUGUAACCCAAAAAUGAUGAGUAAAAUCUUGAGCAAAGUCCCACAAGGAUGACAUAAUUGACAUUUAGAAUUUAAUGCUAGCCAGAUACUAAAGAUAAGCACAGACACACCUCUGUUUGCAAGGAGGAUCAGGUUUCUAAUACUGUUUCAUAAGCUGAAGGUAAACUGCCCAGUUUACUGCCGUGAGAUUGACCGAAUAAAUGAUAGAGUGAAGUUCCUAUUUUGAUAAUAAAAAAGAUUGCCAAUAAACACUGAAAUUAUGCUGUAACCCUAAUGACUUUGUAGCAGUUUAAGUAAAAUGAUUUUACUGUUGCAGAAACCAGUAAUCUCAGUCUUUUAAUGGUGUCUUUAUGGAGGAAUUCAUGAUGUGGACAAUUGAAGGUGCACCUUGUGGUGUUAUGAUUAAUCUCAGAACAUGGUGGUGACAUGGAACUAAUACACUUGCCUGCUGUCAUUGGUUCUGCGAGACUCUCCACUCUUGCAAGAGAAUUUGUCCACUAGCUAUGGAGUCAUUAGAAAGGACAAGAGACACUAGGAGCAUCAGAGCAGGGAAUAUUGUUCGUUGAGAGGUUUUAUUAAGCACCAAGAAGCGUUAGUCUCCCAAGUGUCCUACAUCAUUAUAGAUGAUAUAUAUAUUUUUUUAUUUCUGAGGACAUUUAAAGAAUGAAAUAGUAAAAAAAAAGUUUUUUUUCUUCUGUAUUUUCCAAUUCCAUAAAGCAGAAAAGCUGUAAUGAGUAACUGAAAAGGCCAAAUUUACCAUCCUUUGCGAUAUUCUUUUUGCACAUGUAACUUAUCAGCUUUCAGAGAUUCAAGUAGUGUUAGUCAUGGAAAUAAAUGAUUCAAAGUGUUCCUAGUCUUGACCUUGGAUGCUAAUAUUAAGUUUUAUAGUUGAUGUAGUGUUAGGCAAGUAUUAUGAUCUUGAUUAAAAUAGUGAAAAAGACAUGCCUUUUAGGAUAGUGGUAGAAUUAAAGGGUAGAAUGCCAUGGUAAUGCUGGCUUAGGAUGUUAUAUAUUUACACUUAGAGAUUAGAGUAAUAUUUUCAUAAACACUGUAUGGUCUCGUGCUUGCUUGAUUUUUUUUUCUUUUCUUUUCAUAGUUGCGGCAAGUGUAAUCUCAGUCAGUAUUGGGGAUAGGAAAAAUGUCUGAUUUUACAAAGCAGUUUAACCUUUUAUAUGUUGUGGUGCAUUCUAUGUACUUCCCUUUGACUAAGGAAAAUAUAGGAGAGGGAAAGUACCUGGUAUUGAUUCUGUUCAUGAACAAGACUACAAAUCCGUUGGUGAUAGGACUAUUGAUAGCAACUGAGGUAGUUUUUAUUAGCAUGAAGUUUGUUUUGUGCUUGAGCCUUACAUUCAGAUGACAUGUAAUUCCUGCGAAAAAUAAACAGAUGCUAAGUUGCUUUGGUUUUGGAAGUUGUAAGUUUAUUCAGAAAGGAAAACUUGCAGCACUUUGAUGUCAAAAGGAGGAUUUUUGGAAAAGAGAAUUCAGUGUUAUAAAAGUGGUAUGUUGAUUUGCAGCUUAAUGAGAGGACUUGUUGCCUUUGACAUGAUGUUCUUAUUGUUAUGUUCAUCAGCUGUUAUUCAUGUUCUUACAUCUAAGAUGGUUCAUUUUUACAGCCAUCCUAUAUUGGUUUAUAUCAGUGAAAGUUUUUUAUCAUUAUUUAUAGUUUGCUGUAACUUUUAUUAUGUCUACUCUUUAUAAAUCAUACUGAUCACUUGUUUUGUAGUUUGGAUAUAAUGGGAAGUAAGAUCCUAUUCAGAUUUUUCCAUCUGAGAAAAACAGUUCUGAUGAAUACUGAUUUUGCAAUUUUUGUAUUUUCCUUAUAACGUGAAAAUCUCUUGUUUUGCUAAAAAAAACUAGAAAUUGUGUGGUGUGAUAUCCUUUGAAAAGGAAUUAGAUUGGAGCACUAGAAAGAAACAUGUAUUAGAAAUUGACAUGUUACUUAAGAUCCGUAAUAUAGAUUCCCUAUUUUGAUUUAACGGCCAUUCUUUUUCAAGGCAUAGAUUUACGCUACUUGCAUUCACAGUUUUUCUUAGUACCACAGUUAUUUAAUGGACAAGUUUAUUGAUUAAAUUAGUUCCUGUCUGGUCAGUCAGUUAUGUAUGAUUACCCAGUUAUGGAAAUGAAAAGUAUGAUUGGCCUUCCAUCCCAACAUUAAAGGGUUAGAUUGACUUUCCAUGUAUAAUGUCACCGUUUAAAAGAAUCAGAUAAUGAUUUAUUAGAUUUUAUUUCAAAUUUAUCCUGUUUGAUUUAUUAAAGGAAUGUAUAUAAACUUUUCAUGAGAUUGUGCUUAAAGAAAUAAUGAAAAUGUCAACUUUUAGGAUGUAAAGAAUGUUUCAGUUUGCAAUUUAUUUUUAAAUGAAGCGAAUUCAUUUAUAAAAGAUUCUAUAAACCCAAUGAGUACAUUGUAGAUAGUCAGAACUUCACAGUUAAUUGCGUUUCAUACUUUAGUUAAUUGAAUGCUUGCUUAAGUCAGCAUUGUGAAUGCUGUGCAAAGGCAUGGAUAGUGUGCAUGUAAUAAUUGCUUCUUGUUGCAACCUGUAUAAUCCAGCUUUGCAUUUGGUGCUGAAAUCUGAAUUCUAAGAUUCCUUUUUUAAGUUCUAGCUUUUAAAGAUUAAUAUAAUAAAGAGGCCAACAGCAUAUAUACACAAGUUGUUCACAAUCAUCAAAAUUGAUUGCUUGGAAACGUACAUCUUUCAUUGCUUCAGCAUCAUACAUAACUUCAUGAAUCCAUUGUCAAACAGUAUUGGAUUGAAAUGUUAAAAGUGCCAGAUUUGCCUUUCAACCGUGUUAUAUCAGCCUUAUGAUGUUUUUUUUCUAUUAAGUAUAUAGAUGGUGAAUGGUAAAGACUUCAAAAAUCUUCAACAUGUUUAUCAUCUGUGGUCAUUUUUAUGCAUUUAUAUAGUUUAUAUAUAUAUAUAUAAGGUGGAAGAUAUUUUGAUGCUACCUCUGUCAUCACUGAGAAUUUGUACAAAAGAGUAGCAGGGUUAUUUCAUGCUUUUCUUGUAACUUCCUAAAAAAACAACAAAAAACACACAAUUGGAGAAGAGAACUAAUCCUUUUGUGAAUUAUUUAUAGGGAGUUCUUCAUACGAUCCUCAAACCCUCCUUAUAAAGUAAGGUGAAUUUCUGGAAUAUUUACAAGAAGAGUAUAUUUUGUGAAAAGUUUAUUGCAGUUUGAUUGUCUUAUCAGAUUACAGGAAACAAUAAUGAUGAGCAAGAGUCAUUCUUGUGUUUAAAUAUAACCUUUUUUUUUUUGUCUAUUUUGAGGUUCUGGAAGAUAUUUCCUUCAGUGUUUUCCCCUGGCUUUGUAUUUCAUUGAAGUUAAUUGUUAAUAUUUUUUCACAAGAAACAAAAAUACAUCCAAUAAUCUGUCAUGAUAAACGAGUAUAGUAAGCUAAUGUAAAUGAUUUUGAUAACUGUGAAUAAACGAUAAGGACUCUUUCAUAAUUAAAGGAUAAUGAAAAGUGUUUUCUCUAUCCUUUGAAGAGAAAUUGUUCCCCCCC